AUGUUAUGUUUCUUCAUGUUUGCAGCAAUUAUUAUUGCUGUAGAAGGUUAUCGAUGUAAAGCAGGUCGAAUAACACCGGAGCAACGUAAAGCAAUCGUUAAACAAAAUAAUAAAUUCCGUUCGCAACCGGAGCAACGUAAAGCAAUCGUUAAACAAAAUAAUAAAUUCCGUUCGCAACUUGUCCAUGGCGAGCUUAAGAACAAAGCUGGUGAAUUUAUGCCACGUGGCAAGAAUAUGUUGAAAAUGAGAUGGAGUUGUUCGUUGGAACAUUCCGCGCAAAAAUGGGCAAAUAGAUGUGCCUUUGGACACUCACCAGAAGAACGAAGAAACGAUACCGGUGAAAAUAUCUAUGAUUUCUGGUCAUCAACAACUGUUGAAGGUUCAUUUGACGCAUAUUUACAUCAUUUGAAGUCCAGGAACCUUCUUGAUAGAAAUACAUCUUUAGCGUGUACGAAUAUUCGGUAA